GUCCUUUUCAAUGUCUUCCUCAUCUCACAACAAACUCAUUACAAGCCUUACUUACUAUAAGUAAAACAUAUACUAUCUACAUCCAUACUAUCUGUGAGAUCUGCUUAUUUUCAAGUCCACCCAAAAGUCCAAAAUCAGUGAUUAGAAGAGUCUAAAAAGUUAGAAGAAGAACCCCCCCCCCCCCACACACACCAAAAUCAUGGAAAUUGUAGGGAAGUUGCAGAACCAGUUUAUGGAGUUCAUGCGAUCUCUCUAUCGUGAGGGAUUCUUGGAUGAUCAGUUUCUUCAGCUUCAGAAACUGCAAGAUGAGAGCAACCCUGAUUUUGUGGUUGAAGUGGUGUCCCUUUUCUUUGACGAUUCCGAAAAACUUCUCAACAACCUGGCCAUGGCUCUGCAGCAGCAGGUAGUGGAUUUUAAGCAGGUUGAUGCUCAUGUACACCAAUUUAAGGGUAGCAGUUCCAGCAUAGGUGCACAAAGAGUAAAGAAUGCUUGUGUUGCUUUCAGAAAUUUUUGUGAAGAGAAGAAUCUUGAAGGGUGAGUUUUGUUUUAUGCUCUUAUAAGUGUAAUUCUUUCCUUCACAGAGUUGGAUUCCGAGAAAAGUCAUACUCCAAAAAUGCAUGGCUGCUUGAUUUAGUAAAGGAGUUCUUUGGAGGAUAAAAUUGUGUAGUCUACCAUGUACUUUGUUGGCAAUUGUAGUUAUGCGCUCGUAGUCACUACUUUAUUUUAUGGCGUAGUGACAACAUCCAUGACUAUCCUACCUUCCAUCACAGUGAUCAGUUGUUCAUCCGGAGUCCGUACUUAGUUACAUAUUGAGAGACUCAAUACAUUCUUCUUGGAUGGUGGCCUUUUCAAUAUAUAUUCUAUUUUCAGUUUAAGUAAUUUGUGGUCAUCAUGAUUCCCAUAUAAUUUCUGUAUAUAUAAAUUUUAAUAUAAAAAUCAAGUUGAUCUUUGUAAACUUGACUAGGUCAUGUAAAAUGGGG